AAAACGUGAAAUAAGGAAAGCAAAACUGUUAGAGAGAGAGAGAGAGAGAGAGAGAGAGAGAGAGAGUAGCAGAGGUUACAGUCCUACAGAGCCUCCGUUCCUCUUCUUCCCCUUUUUCUAUUUUUUAAACUAUUAUUAUUGUAGCAUUCGUCUUUCUUCGAUUAAAUCCCUACAUUUUUUUUCCUAAAAAAUCCCAAAAUUUUCAUAACCAAAGCAUUGAAUUGAACUCACCUUCCAUCUUUCUCGCCCCAUUAUUUUUUUAAAUUUUAUUUACUAUCAACAUUUUCUUCUCUGUUUUCAAGUGUUUUUCUCCGUCGAUGAACUUUUCCCCUUAGAAAAUUAAAAGUAAUCAGGGUUUUAUAUGGGCGCAAAUAUUAAUAUGGAUAAUUUCAGUACCUCCGCUGUGCUGACAGCAGUUAAUCACUCUCCCAGUUGCCCUGACCAAUCACAUCCUGCCACGAGGCCUAUUUCUGCCUCCUGGUCCCAAAUCGUCCUUGGAGAAUCGGAACCGCUCGCUGGUGUUCCUUUAUCGCCUUCCUCAUCUUCUUCGUCAUCAACGGCUGUGAUUGAACCACCUGUUCCCACGGCGGUCGAAGGCGAAGGCGUAGACAACGUGAGUGCUGGGCCCAAUAGCAAUGCCGGUAAGAGGCUAGCUUGGAACAAGCCCUCCGACGGCGCUACCGAGUUUGCUCCCGUUAUAGAGGCCGACGCGUGGCCUGCUUUGUCUAAGUCCGCUAGGGUUUCUUUGAAACCCUCUUCAGAUUCAUCCAGAGCUUUACCGGAUGGAUCUCCUUUUGUCCCCUUUUCCCAGGGGAGUGGAAGCACAUCAUUGUUAUCAUCUUCACAGAAAGAAGCCAAGAAAGUUGAAAAAUUGAAUUUAAAUUCAACACCAAACCAUGCAAUGCCUGCACGCCAGAGGUCAAUGAAGCGAAAUAGUAAUAACUCAGCAUCUAGUAGUGGACUCCUGCAGCCACCACCUCAAGGUGCUCUAGUUGAAGCACCUGUGAAUGGCCCAUCUUCUAGGGACCAUAUACAGAGAAGUGGAUUUGUGUCACAGGCUGGUAAUGAUCACCCAAGGAAUUCAUUCAGACAUCGUAAUGCUGGGCCACGUCCUCGAGGAGAUGGCUCUCACCAUCAGAAUUAUGGAGGUAGGCGCAAUCCAUCCCUAGGAAAUCAAGACUGGAAUGGUCGAAACUUUAAUAGCAGGGAUGCUCAUAUGCAACCAAGAGUUGUUCCCAGGUUAAUGAGGCAUCAACCACCAGCUCCACCGCCUAAUGCUGCACCAUUUAUCGCUCCUCCACCAGUACGGCCAUUUGGCACUCCUGUAGGAUAUCCUGAAUUGGCAUCUCAAUUUUAUUUCAUACCUGCUCCCCCUCCAGAAUCACUUAGAGGUGUGCCAUUUGUUGCUCCAAUGCCCCCAGUGCUUUUCCCUGCUCCAGAGCCUCCAGACCGCCAGUUGCAUGCUAACAUAGUGAAUCAGAUUGAUUAUUACUUCAGUGAUGAAAAUCUUAUCAAGGACACUUACUUGCGGCAGAACAUGGAUGACCAGGGAUGGGUUCCUAUUAAAUUAAUAGCUGGCUUUAGAAAGGUUUCGCUUUUGACCGAUAAUAUUCAGCUUAUACGGGAUGCUCUGCGAAGUUCAACAGUUGUGGAAGUGGAGGGUGAAAAAGUAAGGAAGCGGAUUGAUUGGAUGAAAUGGAUCCUGCCACCUUCCGUUAAGUUCCCUGCCAUGUCUGGUCAGGAUAUGCUGGUUGCCCGUGUUCAGGAUAUUUCAUUGGAUCAGAGAACUGCUGACGUGAGUGGCUCAAGGAACCAAGAAGAUGCUUGUGCUGGACUAUCAGAUAGAUCAUCAUCUGGGGAGUUCAAUAAUCGGUCACAGGUAUUCAGCAGUGAGGGAACAGCUGUGAGUGCUCAAAGUGUUGCAGCGAGUAACUAAUAAUAAACUAAUUGUGCAUUGGAGAGCUUAUGCUUGCUAAACUUUCUGGGAGCGGAGGGUGAUUUGAAAGACAUCAGUUUUUGCCUUGGCAUGAUGGAAUAUGAUCCAUCUUACAGGUUGCUAAGUUGGGAAAACAUGACUAGAAAGAAAAGGAAAGGCAAUUUCUAGAAUUCUUAGAAAAAAAAAUGGAGGAUUAGAACAUUUUAGACCUGAGAUAGUAGCUCGAAAUUGUGGUGGCUAUAUGUAAUGGAUUUAAAAGUUAGGGGGAUUUUACAUUUGGCUUUACUACUAUUAGUGGUGGAGCGGUGGACGUUAAGAUCGGGGGAAUUUUUUAUAUGCUUCCCGUUGCUACUCGUAGACAUCUUUUCCUUUUUCUUUGCUUUAACAAUUACCAAGAAAGAGCUGCAUUCAUUUCGCAUCUAUGUACUGUGUUACUUACUUCAUGGUGUAUCUACUAUCUAAGGACUUGCAUUUGCUGCAUAAAAUUGGUAGGGCAAACCUUGGAAGACGAGGACCGGCUGUGAUGAGUCUUUUAACUUCUGGAGUCCUAUUUGAUUGGAGACAUUAUUUUAUACACCGUUUUUUUACCA